AUGGGGAAAAUGGAGAUUGAGAGGAAAACAACAGGCUGGGCUGCGAGAGACCCAUCUGGGUUACUCUCUCCUUACACGUACACUCUCAGAGAGACGGGAGCAGAGGAUGUACAGAUCAGAAUCAUAUGCUGUGGAAUCUGCCAUACCGAUCUUCAUCAAACCAAAAACGAUCUUGGCAUGUCUAAUUACCCCAUGGUUCCUGGGCACGAGGUUGUAGGGGAAGUGUUGGAGGUGGGAUCAGAUGUGAGCAAGUUCACCGUUGGGGACAUAGUUGGAGUUGGUUGUCUUGUCGGAUGUUGCGGAGGUUGUAGCCCCUGCGAGAGAGAUCUUGAGCAGUAUUGUCCUAAGAAGAUCUGGAGUUACAACGAUGUCUACAUCGAUGGUCAACCCACACAAGGUGGCUUCGCUAGAGCCACCGUCGUUCACCAAAAGUUUGUGGUGAAGAUUCCAGAAGGAAUGGCGGUUGAGCAGGCUGCGCCGCUACUGUGCGCCGGAGUGACGGUGUACAGUCCACUGAGCCACUUUGGACUGAAGAAACCAGGCCUAAGAGGAGGCAUACUAGGGUUAGGUGGAGUUGGUCACAUGGGUGUGAAGAUAGCCAAAGCAAUGGGUCACCAUGUGACUGUCAUAAGCUCGUCAAACAAGAAGAAAGAAGAGGCUUUGAAAGAUCUUGGAGCCGAUGAUUACGUUAUCGGAUCCGACCAAGCAAAGAUGAACGAAUUGGCGGAUUCAAUGGAUUACAUAAUCGACACUGUCCCUGUCCAUCAUGCACUUGAGCCUUAUUUGUCUCUGCUUAGGCUUGAUGGGAAGCUCAUUCUCAUGGGAGUCAUCAGCAAUCCUAUGCAGUUUCUCACUCCUAUGGUUAUGCUUGGGAGGAAAGUGAUAACGGGGAGCUUCAUAGGGAGCAUGAAGGAAACAGAGGAGAUGCUUGAGUUCUGUAAAGAAAAGGGUUUGAGUUCGAUCAUCGAAGUUGUGAAGAUGGAUUAUGUCAAUACUGCGCUUGAGAGACUCGAGAAGAACGAUGUGCGUUACAGGUUCGUGGUUGAUGUGGAAGGAAGCAAACUCGAGGCGUGA